AUGGCUGCAGCAAGGAAAAAUGGUCAUAUUGAACAAACAUUAAUGACGGAAGCUUCGAAAUGUAAUUGCUGUCCUUAUGGAUUUCACAUAGAUCUUGGAUUUGUUGAUUUCGUGGAGAAUGUUGGCAGUGAAGCCAGCAAUGGAAUAUCGAGGAACGAUAGAAAUGGUCUACAAAAAUAUUCGUUGAAAUAUGUCGGUGAUUUAAAUAGUACAGUUAAUAAAUGGUGUGGAACACCGAAGCAGAAACAAGCUAGAAACCCUUUAGACUCUAUUUUCAGUGAUUCACUGGAAAACGUUGUAAGCGACUUUGAAGAAACAUUGAAUUUGCAAGAAAGUAAAUCAGAACGAGAAUCGCAAAAUCUAUCAAAUAAUGCGAGAAAAAACAUGCGAUACAAUGGCUACUUUUCAGAUUAUGGUACAGCGCAAAGUAGUAAUCGGUCAUUGCCACUGAAAAUACGUUAG